AUGACGCUGGACGCUAGACACUGGACUCAAGAGUUCGCAGCAAAAAUCCACGCGCAAUCAGCUCUACAUGCAGAAAUGCAGGCCCUUGUUAAGGGAUUGGAACUUGCUUACACGCAUAACUUGUUUCCCAUUAUAAUGAAAGCCGACACCCAGGUAUUAGCUACAUAUAUUAAAAAAGGGACAGCAACAAUGACUCACACGAACAUACUUUAUGAUUGCAGGUUUCUAAUGACAACAAUGGGGGGAACUCCGAUAAACCACAUCUAUAGGGAAAUGAACUCAGUGACACACAAAUUGGCUGAUAUUGCAGCAAAUCUGGAUGAUGAUAUGAUAGGAAAAUCAUUAUUUUGGGAUACUCCCCCUAUUUCAGUUAAUCCUAUGUUAGACAAAGACAUUUUAGAGAUAGCAUCGUUUAGAUCUAUCUCCCUUAUGCUUUCCGCAAUUUAG